AUGGCUCCUUCCAAGAAUCCCUGGGUAGAAACACCCUUGAUCGAAUCAACCACUCUAUCAAAAGCAGCCGGAUGCAGAAUCUUCCUGAAACUCGAAAACCUCCAACUCUCCGGCUCUUUCAAAGCAAGAGGAAUAGGGCACCUCAUGCAAACCUCCCUCUCCACCUCCAAAACCCCAUCAAGCACCCACUUCUACUCGUCUUCAGGAGGAAAUGCCGGACUCGCCGCUGUCCACAGUGCCGUAAGACUAAACCGACCCUGCACAGUAGUAGUCCCAUUGACCACAAACCCCAUGAUGAUGGAAAAGAUGAAAGCAGCAGGUGCAACAGAAGUUUUGCAAUACGGGGCGAGUUGGCAAGAAGCUGAUGAUUACCUGCGAGACACUGUUAUCAAACAAGCAGAAGAGGGCGGAGAAGAAUGUGUCUAUGUUCCUCCUUUUGAUCGUCCGACGAUUUGGACGGGGCAUUCUUCCCUGAUUGAUGAGAUUGCUGUGCAGUUGUCUGAGCUCACUGGAGAGGACAAGGCAAGGCCGGAUGUUUUGGCUUGUUCGGUUGGCGGUGGGGGCUUAUUCAACGGUGUUAUGGAGGGUGUACAGCGUCACUCCUGGCGCGACACAAGGAUCCUUGCUGUAGAGACCAAGGGAGCAGACUCUUUGGCCGAGAGCGUGAAGCAGGGACAACACAUCACACUACCUGCCAUAACCUCCCAAGCAACCACUUUGGGUGCCAAAAAGGUCUCGGCAAGGACUUUUGAAUUGGCCAUGCAGAGUGAGCAGGUCAAGACCUUGGUCUUGAGUGAUGAGGAAGCUAUGAUGGGUGCGUGGAGAUUGGCAGAGGAUGAGAGACUGCUGGUAGAGCUGUCGUGCAGCGUCACCGUUGCAUUGUGUUACGGAGAUCGAUUGGAAAAAGCCUUGGGCAGACGAGUGUCGAAAGACGACAAGGUUGUCAUUAUCGUUUGCGGUGGCAGCAAUGUCACCAUAGAUAUGGUCUCGCAGUGGAAGAAGGACUCGGUGCAUGUUGAUGCAGCAGAGUAG